AUGCUUGCAGUUCUCCUCCUCCUAUCCUCCACCCUUCUGGUUUCCUCUACCAACACCACACCCAUCCAAUCCUUCAUCCAAUGCUUCACCAACAAAACCAAUUCCCCUGACCUCCUCUCCCUUCCUAACACCACCUCAUACAGCUCCGUCCUCCUCUCCUCCGUCCAAAAUCAACGCUUCCUCAUCUCACCAAACUCCUACACGCCAUCCCUCAUCGUCUCACCCACCUCCCCAUCCCAUGUCCAAGCCACCGUGACCUGCGCACGCGAAACUAACCUCCGCAUACGCACCCGCAGUGGCGGCCAUGACUACGAAGGCAUGUCUUACUCCGCCUUCAAAAGCCCCGACUCCACUCCCUUCAUAGCCCUCGACAUCUCCGCUCUCCGUUCCAUAUCAAUCGAUGCAAAAUUAAAAACCGCUUGGGUUCAAGCCGGGUCAACCAUAGGCGAACUCUACUACACCAUCGCCAAGAAUAACACAACCUUAGCGUUCCCUGCUGGCCUCUGCCCAACCAUCGGCAUAGGUGGCCAUUUCAGCGGUGGUGGGAUCGGCACAUUAACACGGAAGUAUGGCGCCUCCGUAGACAAUAUUAUUGACGCACAGCUCGUCGAUGUAAAUGGCCGCUUGCUUGACCGGAAGUCUAUGGGAGAAGAUCUCUUCUGGGCAAUUCGAGGAGCUGGUUCUGCGGGAUACGGAGUUGUCAUCGCUUUUAAACUUAAUCUCGUAGCCGUCCCCCCGAUUGUUACAACCUUCAAUGUUGUCAAAACAUUGAGACAGAACGCCACCAAAGUUUUGGCCAGGUGGCAAGAAGUGGCAUACAAGUUUGAUCUUAAUCUCUUCAUCCGCGUGAUAGCACAAGCCAGCACUGACACAGAUGGGAGCAAAACAAUACAACUUACGUUUAACUCAUAUUAUCUUGGGCGGAAGGAGGAGCUUCUCCCUUUGGCACAACAGAGUUUUCCAGAGCUUGGUUUGAUGGCCUCUGAUUGCACUGAAGUGAGUUGGCUCGAGUCAGUUCUGUUUUUCUACGGUCUGACAGGGAAGCCAUUGGAGACCCUGUUGGACAGAAAGCCGGAGUUUAAUGGCUCUUUUAAGGCAGCCUCGGACUUUGUUGAAAAACCAAUUUCAGAAAGCGGGUUAGAAGAGAUUUGGAAGUUUUUGAUGGAAGCUAAUGAUGAACCUGUGGUGCUUAUACUUGACCCAAUGGGUGGGAGAAUGAGUGAGAUAAAGGAGGAUGCUGUUGCCUUUCCUCAUAGAAAUGGGAAUAUCUAUAACAUUCAGUAUUUUAUGAGGUGGUUUGCGACGGAGGAAGGUGUGACGGAGAGGCAUUUGGAAUGGAUGAGGAAGUUACAUCGGUUCAUGACGCCAUAUGUGUCGAGUAACCCCAGGGCAGCUUAUUAUAACUAUAAGGAUAUUGAUUUGGGGAGAAAUGCGGAUGUGAAGGGGACCACUUACUCGGCUGCUAAAGUUUGGGGGACGAAGUAUUUCAAGGGGAAUUUUCAGAGGUUGGCGAAGGUUAAGGGUUUGGUGGAUCCUGGAAAUUUCUUCUGGAACGAACAGAGUGUUCCAGUGCUUUAG